AUGGUAGCGGUUGCCGUGCAUUUAAAAUGGCACCAAACCUUUCUGUUUCUUUUCCAAACUAUCUUAUUCGUGGCCGACACGACCACUGAUGUACUCACUAGCCUGGAAUACAGAGAACAAAGACACACACAGUGGUUUGCAGUAAGCCUCGGACUGACAGUCAUUAGUAUGGUUUUCCUCAGCAUUUGGUCCAUAAUGGUGAGCACAAGUCGUUUACUCUCAAAGGAAGAGGACUCAGUGGAAGUGGAUAACCCAGACGUCAUAUUCCGCAAUAAUCGUCUGAAUUUCCUCUUAAGUCUUUUAUGCCUAGGACCCCCUCUCCACAGCUUUCAAAUGUUCCUUGUCUGUGCCUCUCGUUUCAAAGAGCUGUGGAAGUCAAGCACCGGUCUGCUCAUCGAAAAGGAACGCCUCUACUACCUCUAUGUCCACACGCUGAAUUUGAAAAUGGCUGAAGGCUUGCUGGAAGCCGCCCCACAGCUUAUGAUACAGGUCUAUGUUAUGCUGGAAAAGAGGGAAACUGUCAGUCUGAUCCAGAAGAUAUCCGCGCCGCUCUGUUUGCUUUCGCUUACGUGGAUGAUCACAUCUAUGGAGGCGUUUCGUGAGUUUAAACACUACAACCUUAAACUCAUUCACAAUCUCAUAAUCUUUCUUAGCAACUUAGGAAUCAUCGCAGCGCGAGCACUGGCGAUUGUAUGUUUCACGAUUGCGUUUCCAUGGUGGAUCUUUCUCUUGGUUGGUGUGCAUUGUCUUAUCAUCAACUUCACCGGAUUCGUAUUGUGGCGAUCCAACCGAAAACAGGACAUGCUGGUGUUUAUUUUCGCCUAUUCGCCGCUGUAUCUCUUUGUUUACAGUUCAUAUUAUUUGAAAAAGCUCAGGGGAGAUGCACCUUUUGGUCUAGCUCGACUAGUGGUUGUUACAGUCUCAUGGCAUGUACUAUUUACGUUGGAAAACAUCGGUAUGAUCUUAGGGUAUUAUUUUAGCCCUCACUAUAAGCCACAGUGGUUUCCGAUCUUUGCUGUUGCUAUCGUUACCGCUGGAAAUCUUGGAGGGAUACUGUUAAAAUCAUUAUCGUGGUAUUGCUGCUUUCAAAAGGAAGAGGACGAGCAUUUAAAUAUACAAAGGGCUAGCACUCUUAUGGUAACAACCGGCCAUACUAUGAACCGCGUAUGA